GUGAACCGGACGACGGUCUUGCAAUGCUCCCCGAACCCACUGGAUAUGAGGCACCUUCUACAUGGCUAUUCUGCUUGCAUAGCAUGGCAUCAGGAGAAACAGAGGCAGGCUGCCAGCAAUUUCUCAGCAACUUUUGCUUGGUAUGGUUGGCAGCAUCGGUGAUAAUGCUACGUACUCUGCUACAAUGCAUACAACACCUGCGCACUAGCCUUCUGCGCAAAUUAAAAACUGUACACAGUAAAAUUCUAUGCUCACUAAAUGUGUGUAGUAACUUCAUACACACUUUAGAUGUGCGCAGUGGUACUAAUAAUGUGCGCAGUGACCUCUUAGCUACUCUAGAUGUGCGCAGUAGCUUUUCAAGCACUAAACAUGUGCGCAGUGACCUUCUAGCCACUUUAGAUGUUUGUAGUGGCACUAAACAUGUGCGCAGUAACCUUCUAGCCACUUUGGAUAUGCGCAGUAGGUUUCUAAGCACCAAACAUGUGCGCAGUAACCUUCUCUCCACUUUAGAUGUGCGCAGUAGCUUAUCAAGCACUUUAAGGAAUGUGCCAAGUGAAAUUUCACAAAGUGUUGAUGUUUCGCGCACAUCACAUGUGCGCAGCAGUCAUCCGCGCACCCUUGCUGCAGCGCUGAUGGGUGUGUGUGUGGUACUGUCGUGUAUGCCUUUCGCGGCCGACGCGAAUCCUGAGGCGAAACGACUUUACGACGAUUUGCUGAGUAACUACAAUCGGCUGAUCAGGCCGGUCGGCAACAAUUCGGAUCGACUCACUGUGAAGAUGGGACUCAGGCUGUCACAGCUUAUCGAUGUGAAUCUGAAGAACCAAAUCAUGACUACAAACGUCUGGGUGGAACAGGAAUGGAACGACUACAAACUGAAGUGGAAUCCCGACGAGUAUGGUGGAGUAGACACCCUUCAUGUGCCCUCCGAACACAUUUGGUUGCCUGAUAUAGUUUUAUAUAAUAAUGCCGACGGCAACUAUGAGGUGACAAUAAUGACAAAGGCGAUCCUGCAUCACACGGGAAAAGUGGUUUGGAAGCCACCUGCCAUCUACAAAUCGUUCUGCGAGAUCGACGUCGAGUAUUUUCCAUUCGACGAGCAGACCUGUUUCAUGAAAUUCGGGUCUUGGACAUACGACGGCUAUCAUGUGGACUUACGUCACAUGUCGCAGUCACCAGACUCAGACACGAUUGACGUGGGCAUAGACCUGCAGGACUAUUACCUGUCAGUCGAGUGGGACAUCAUGAGAGUACCAGCCGUGCGCAACGAGAAAUUCUACUCAUGCUGCGAAGAGCCCUACCCUGACAUCAUAUUCAACAUAACACUGCGUCGCAAGACACUGUUCUACACCGUCAACCUCAUCAUACCAUGCGUCGGCAUCUCCUUCCUUUCUGUGCUAGUCUUCUACCUGCCUUCCGACUCCGGGGAGAAGGUCUCUCUCUGCAUAUCCAUCCUCCUCUCUCUCACUGUGUUCUUCCUACUUUUAGCCGAGAUCAUCCCACCCACCUCCCUCACAGUGCCACUGCUAGGCAAAUAUCUACUAUUCACAAUGGUUCUAGUCACGCUGUCUGUUGUGGUCACCAUCGCAGUUCUGAACGUGAACUUCAGGUCACCGGUUACCCAUAAAAUGCGGCCCUGGGUGCACAGGUUGUUCAUUCAGGUGCUGCCCAAGGUGCUGCUGAUAGACCGGCCCAAAAAGGAGGACUCGAUCGAUGAGGAUGGCGCUGAGGAUGACCUCGACAAGAAUGUGGAUGACGGUAAUAAUAUAUUCACCGGAGUGUUUGAUGUGCCCGCCGAAAUCGACAAGUACUUGGGAGGGUAUGGCAGCAGCAAACGGUUCAGUGCCGACUACGACAUACCCUCUCUGCCUCCUUCGCGCUACGACUCGGGGGGGCCCACCACAACAAUGGUGCCCUGUUUCGGGGGGGUAGGGGGGGCCGACCCCCCUCUGCCCCUCCCGUUGCCCUCGGCCGAUGACGACCUGUUCAGCCCGGGUGUGGGGGUGGGGGGUGUAGAGAGCCCCACCUUCGAGCAUCACCACGAUCAGCCCAUCACCAUGGAGAAGACCAUCAAGGAUGCCAAGUUCAUUGCUCAACAUGUCAGGAAUAAGGACAAAUUCGAAAACGUAAUAGAAGACUGGAAAUACGUAGCUAUGGUUCUAGACCGGCUCUUCCUGUGGGUGUUCACCCUGGCCUGUGUUCUGGGCACGGCGCUGAUCAUCCUUCAGGCGCCAUCUUUGUACGAUACCACCAAGCCAAUAGACAUACUCUACUCGAAAAUUGCCAAAAAGAAAAUGCUCGCGAUGAUGGGACCUGAAGAGGAUUAAUACAGCGGUAACUUUGAACAGAACUCUGGAAAGAUCGAACUUUGUCUGGAUGGAACCCAUAACAAUCACACGAUUUGAUGUAUCCAAAGAAACAGGUCAAAAAAGGUUGUAUUUUCUACUCGAGAAUUGAACAGGUCCUGAUAAUAAUAUUCGUAUGGCUUUUAUUGAACUUUGAAAAGAUCAAACUUUGUCUGGGGGGACCCAAAA